AUGUUGACGGACCCUCAUUGCCUGUGUCUACGUGAUCCUGUGUCGGCCGCACUAUCCAGUAGUCUAGCAAACCCUGUGCCCCUCUUCCUGCUGUCAACUGCCUCGUUUCCGCCUUUUUCUGUUCCCCAACUCGCUCCUACUACCACCCUCUCAUCCGAGGAGUCCUUUUCGCGCUUCUAUCGCUUUCCCUCUCCCCCCCGCAAGUCUCAGCUCUCCACUACCUCUCCAACUCACCGUUUCUCCCUUUGCUUUCCUCCUCCCGUUCCCGUGCUACCCCGCAUUACACCUGAUCCAGCACUGCGCACGUGGCAGCCGCUGUCCCCCACGGCCGUGCGCAGCCCGCACGCGGAGCUCAUUCAGCAGCGCGCAGCGGAGGCGAAGGCGCGGCAGGCGCACAUGGACGAGGCGUGGGGCGCGCUGCUGCUGCGCGACUCCCAAGGCUGUUCCGCGUGUGCGCCAGCCAAGGGUGCUCCAAGCAAGAGCGCAGCAGGCGAGUCUGCUGCGGAUUCCUUGCCCCUGACUGCUGCUGGUGCUACGAAGCCGUCCUGGGGGGCUUCCUGGCAGCUUCUGAUGACAUCGAGUCGAAGCCUCAAUGGAUGGAAUGGGACUUUAACGGCCGCAAGGGAAAGUGGCAGUAACGAAGGUGUUCUUAGAGGGGAUCAGUUAGGGAGCCUGAGCGGCGGUGCAGGUGACAGGUCAUCAUGGAGCGUCAGGCGUGGCGUGGUGACGCCAAAAGGAGGGAGCAUGAGGAGGUUGUGUCGGUCCGUCUCUUUCAACGAUGGCUUGCUGGCAUCCGUUGCUGCUGCGUCUAAUGCUGUUGCUGGUGGUGGUGAUGCUGCUUCUGAAGCUGCUGCCGCCACUGAUGGUGGUGGCAGUGGUGGUGGUGGUGCUACUGGUGGCAGCAUUGUGGAAUCCAAGUCACUUGAGCAUGCAGCACACACCCCACGGGACGACCUUCAUUCUUUGCCAUGCAGUCCAACUCUUACGGCACGUCGUGCCUCUCUGGAUCCGUUGAGUCCUUCUUCACUCCGCACCCAGAAGCUGAAUCCUUGCCCCGACGACCCUGCCUUGCACCGCUCUCCUCUCAUGGAGGACAAGCAAUCGGGAAUGAGGAUGAGCACAGGCACAGAAAGAGCCCCACUGGGAGUGGGGACGAGGACUGGGGCAGACGGAGCAGUAUCGGGAACGGGAACAACGACAGGGGCCAUGGGAACGUUCAACGAGGCACGGAUGCUGGGCGCCAGCAGCUGCGGGAAUUUGGUUGACGACCAAGGUAGCAUCUGUGGUCCCCCCAUCGGGGGCAGCACGCAUCUCUGCAGCUCGCCGGAGUGCUCCAUGCUCUACUCCUGUGCCAUUCCCAGCCCUGAUGCUUCAGCCGCCGCCAACCAAUCAGUGCCUGCCAAAUUGCAUACUGGGACCAGCAUGCGUCGUCUGUACAGGAGAGGCACGCCGCGGAAGAUCUCCUCCUGCUCCGAUCUUCCCCAUUUGCAAGCAGCACCACCAGCAGCGCCUCUCCACACACCAGCGGCCGCCGCUGCUGGUGCUGCAAAUGCCGCAGCAAUUUCAUGUGGUGAAGUUCCAGGAAUGCAAGUCCCUCUCCCCUCCGCUCACGAUCCCUUGCCUGCGGGAGCACUUCCGUGUGCAUCGCUUCCACAUCGCAGCGUAUCGUCCUCAAUGCUCUCCUCUUCGCCCCCUAUGGUGCCUGUCUCACCGCCUGCCAAGACGGGGGAGAAAGGAACGAGGCUGUCGCAGAUGCGAAAGAAGGUGUCGUUCAACUCCAUAGUUAGGGCACCUUGGCUCAAGCCUCUUGCUGAGCCGCGCCAUACUCCGCGCAUGCUGCGCGCACGCCUAUGUCAAGAGCAAGUGCAUUUGUUCCCGCAAAUCGGUUCCGCCUUUUCAGCUAGACGAUUGCCUGUUGGCCACGUGGCUGCUCUCCGCGUCACGCCAAAUCCCGCGAGCCCAGGAGUCAGCGUCGCGGGUCACAGACGCUCGUUUUCCGGCAGUGUGAACGCGCCAAGCCUCCAUCGCGCCCCUCUGGGAACUUUCUCCGUUUCUUCUCAUGCAGCAGCGUCGGGAAAUGCCGCCACAGCAUCUGACGUGGCUGCUGAUGUUAUCGGCAUUUGUAAGCCGGAGUUAGCUGCUGAGCUGGCAGCGGCAGUGGAAGUGGUGGAGAGGGCAUGCCACGUGUGCCUUGCUGUGAGGGAGCAGAUGGUAGCGGAGGAGCAGGGGGGGUACAGCAGUGGCAGUGAGAGCGAGGGCAGCAGCAGCAGCAGCAGCAGCGUGGACAAGAAGGACUGCUCGCCCGUCACUGUUGCUGACUUCGCCGUGCAGGCUCUUGCUGCUCUCGAGCUGGCACAGCAGUUCCCCGGCGUGCCACUGGUGGGCGAGGAGGACGCCUCUCUGCUGCGCGCCCACCUCGCUGCCCCCUCUGCCCGCACGCCUUCGCCACCAGCAGCACAGGCAGUGACUGGUGCUGCUGUGGGGUCAGCCACUGCAGCAGCAGCAGCCGGUGCUGCAGGUACCACAGCAGCGGGGGCAGCAGGAGGCGGGGAGCAAGGGCCUUCGCUGGCGGAGCGGGUCACGAACCUCGUUCUCCGCUUCGCCUCGCCCCACGCCUUGGCGCUGGGUGGCGCAGGGGAAGGCGCUGUGGAGGGGAGUGAAGGGCGGGCGGCAGCAGUGGAGGCAGUGCUGGGAGCCAUUGAUGCCGCCGCUGCUGCCACACACGACCUUGAUGCUGCGACCACUGCUGCUCCCAGGCACACGAGAUACUGGGUGCUGGACCCCAUUGAUGGCACGCGAGGCUUUCUCAGGGGCCACCACAACCAGUACGCUGUCGGGAUGGCUCUUAUCCAGGACGGAGAGCUCGUCCUUUCAGCCCUUGGCCUUCCCAACAUGCCCCUGCCACGUGGCACCUCCUCAGCCACUCAAUCGAACGACGCUGCUGACGUGACAGGGUCUGCAGCAGCUGGUGAGGUUGACGUGGAGAGUGAAUCAGGAGAUGACAUGUGGCAGAGGCCACGUGGACAGCAGCAGGCGGCUGUGUGUGUGCAUAUCGGACCACGAGGAGUGGCCGUCGCUGCCCCUCGCGAGGGGCCUGGAAGCCGCCGCGCCGAACGCCUCGCAUGUCACCGUGCUGCCGCUCUGCUGUGGCAGGUGGGUGCGGAGUAUGGGAAGUGGUUCUGGGCUGUGCAGCAGCGUUGUGCAUGCAGUAACCACGUCUCCUCGUAUGCCUCCCAUCCCUCCCCCUCUCCCAUCGUCAGUUUGUGCAAUCUGUGCAAGUACGCAGCGGUGGCGCUAGGCUAUGCAGCAGUCUUCAUUCAGCACCCGCUGCCAGGCAGCCCGCACCUCAAGGUGUGGGACCACGCUGCUGGCGUGCUCUGCGUCACCGAGGCAGGCGGACAGGUGCGCCUUGCUCGCUCCCCCCUUGCUGCAAGUCACUUGCACCUUGCUCCCGUUUGUAGUCGCCAGCACCCACUGCAGGCUAACACAUGGGCUGUAGCCACUGCCUUCCCAAUGUCACCGCACGCACACACAAGAGUUCAACACGGAUGGUUCACUUGGAGAUCUCAAUUCCUCUCUUCCCCUUCCGGUCCCUCCCGUUGCUGCCUCUCUCCUCACUGCCCAUCCCCUCCCUGCUGCUCCCCUCCUUGCUCCUCCCUUUUCUGCCCCUUCCCUCACUGCAAGUCCUAUCCCCGUCCCGUCCCUCCCUGA